AUGGCAUCUCAAGAUCCAACUUGCCAAGCAGUGAACUUGUCUGAUGGCCAGCCGUGUACAGCUGUCGCUACGACAUGGGAGAACCUUUUUUGCAGGUUUCACGGGAAGCAGUGCCAUGGCCUAUAUAUCGGCUAUAAGAGACGAAAUGCUAGACUGGAUGCUCUGUCGGACAAUGCCCCCCUUUAUCUAAAAUCAGCUAAGGUUCCACUAGCCAACGAAACAUUUGGAGAUGUCAGCGAUGAGACUGUCUUGCGGGAGAUACAUGCUCAUCUCUAUCAAGAAUAUGUACUUCUUGGAAAGGUGAUUGACGCGCGGAAGCUUCAUCAUAAGCACUUCUACCCGCUCCAGAUGGACUAUGGCCACCAGGCUUAUCUGGAUACUCUUUCUAGUAGGCGUCAUAUCGUCUUGCGAUCGCUUGAGAAGCUCGAGACGCGCACUGCUCAGGUUCUUUAUGAGAAAGAAAAAGGGUACAAAUGGGUCCGCCAAGUCCAACUAGAAGAAGAGGCGACUCGUGAAAAAGAAUCCAAGAAAGCCAAGCUCGAGGCAGCCAUGUUUAAGCGUCACUGGAAGAAGAUGCAGACUCGCUUGCGAGCCCAGCGCAAGAAGGAAGAAAAGCAGCGCCAAGAUGCCUAUCUCGAAACGGCCUACCAGGAACGCAUGUCUAUGUCAGUUGAUAGCGAAGACGACGCAGAAAUGUGGGAUCCCAUCGAAGAUGUCGUUGAUGACGAGCGCAGUCGAUAUGUUGAUCUUAUAAAACAUUUCCUAUGGAUGGAGGUCCUCGCUGACAUCGACGAAAGCGAGAGUUCUACUCGGAAAACUGCCGAUUCCUCUGACCCUGCCGUCAGCAUGGAAAAGCUCGCAAUUUCCGAGGAGAAGCAGCCCAAAAAAUCAAAGAAGAAGGCGAAAUCCAAAGCAACAAAACCUGUACCUAUAAUAUAUAAAACUAAGCCCCAGGGAGGCACCGCCUCGUCCCGCGAUCGUCUGACAGGCCAAAGCCGAAUCAUGGAGUUGAUAGAUGAUGAUGCGGAGCCACUAGGGGAGCUCCCAGAGCCAGACAAGAGCAAUAUCGAGACUGAGUCUGAAAUGAGAAAACGCCUUAAAGAAGGCGUAGAAAAGAACUACAACGAAAUCGAGGGUCCGAUUUUAGUUGGAACCUUGGAAAAUCCCCACGGCACCCACCUUAGGACAACUCCCUUAGCAGACGAAGAGAUUGAUUCUCUCAUGAGAGACAUAAAGGAGAUUAAGCUGUUCUUAUUCUGUCGUCUCCUCUUAUCACCGUUCCUUAGUGACCCUGAAAUUACCGAAUCCGAUCUCCGGGAUCUCUGCCUCAAAGUAGAACAGCCUAGUCUUCAGGACAUUCGGGAUGCGUGUGCGGAUCUUAUUAGGGGAGACGAGCCUGAGAUAGAGGAGGAGGAUGAGGACGCCCUCGAGGAAAAGUCAUUCGAAGACGUUAUACUCCAAGAACAUCGAUAUGGCCACCUCCAGAGCCCUGCAUGGUUCCUGUCUAACAUGAUUACCCAGCGUCAGAAACUCAUUGGCAGUGGUGAACUUGCAAAGUUUAGGAAAGAAUUUAGCAGGAAAUCCCGUAAGCAGGGCAAUAUGAAAAUUCAUAUCUGUGGUAAAAGCAUCUGGAACUAUUCAAGCGAAAACUCCAUGUCUCGAAAUGGCUGGCUUCAGUUCUCUGUCAUGGCAAAAGACUGCGACUUAAAGCAUGCCGUCCAGCUCUGUAGAAACUGGGACGAAUUCUCACAGCUCAACUUCCUUACCGUUUGGCAAUACUUCCCGGCGUCGAACUGGGUUUCUUGGGGAAGCGAUAGGUUAACGCAACAGCUACAUGAGCUUGGGUUCUUCCCCUAUUUCAAGGAUUUCGAGGCCCGGAAGCAUAGCCGGCAUUUUCAGAUUGGUGCUCGGAGCCAGCACCGGCGCCAGCACAAUAUUGUCGAAGCUAGAAACAUUGUUGUCGGCCACAUGAGACGCAACGACUCGGUGACUCGCCGUUUUCUACAAUAUUGUACGAUGCGCGCCGGUGAGCUGCUCGUCCUUGUGCAAGAUGGCAAGACAGGAAAAAUAAUUACCGCCCCUGAAGAGGAGCAUCUGUGGACCCUACGCCGUAAGGAAGGACUUGGUCGCGCCUCGAAAAAUGAGUGGGAUAUACUACUCGAGGUUGGCCCCGAGUACUUUGACAUGGUGGACAUACUUAGAGAAUGGCGCCUGGGCUUCGAAGAUUAUUAUGAAGUCUGGUUAUGGGACUUUGUCCCUUGUAACGAACCUAUACUUCUUUACAACAUAAUCGUUACGGAACUCCGAAAAGCAUGGAGGGUGGCCAAACCUUUUGACGUGUAUCGGCACAGAGAGCCAUUCCUGAGCGGUCUCACAAGAGAUAAAGAGACGAUGCGUGUUCGUUCUAUCCGGCCGGGAGAGCAAGUCGCAAGCUUGUGGGAUGAUGUCAACGAUCCGUUAAACACAUUUCUCAUAACGGACGUAGUGAAUAAAACGGUCCUCGAAACGAGCGGCGAGGUCCAUGUCGAUUCUUCCCCGUACCUAUUCUACAAUGAAGCCGAUGCUGCCGAGGACAUGAUUCUCUUUUCCGAUGAACUCAUCACACCUAAUCGAAACGUGCCUUUUAGGGAAGUUACAAACUCGAUCACUCGGCUGGAAACGACGCCAGCUACGAUGAUUAAUGUCCUAGCCGAGGGAGCUAGAGAGAUGAGCAAGCGGGCCAAAGACCUGUCUCACCUCCCUGACUCUGACGACGACGAGGACUGGAGCACAGAUCUCGAAUCCGAUAGCGACAGCGAUGAAGAGAAGAAAAUUGUAACCCACUGGAGCCUACCACAGAUAUGGGAAGACGCGAUCGCAAUGAUCAAUCAUAACCAUAUUAGUAGCGAGAAGAAAAAACUACUACGUCGAGUCGGGCUUCUGACCGAGUCCUCAGAGGUCAUUCGUGGCGGUAUUAAUAGCCUUGACGGCGUAGAAUCCAAGUUGAAAGAAUCCGAUAAAAUCAUGGUGAUGGAAAGGGAUCGUGGUGAUGCAUUUAUCGAGGCAUUCCAUGCCGGAGACUUGGAACCAGGUGCGCAAGAGAAAUAUGCCGAAACCCGCAAGAUCCUCGGUGGUAUCCUCGGGUCUCACCAGACCAGCGAAUCGACAGACUGGGUUUGGUUUCUAGUUGACAUGCUCGACUGGCUCGGGCUUAGAACCGAUUAUAAGGACUACACGCGCGAUUCACGUGCAGGCUGGCCACAUCCGUUCAUUGCACAGGACAUAAUCAAAUCGUUCGUUUCCAUGGCCAUGUUUUUCCCAAGUCUGGAGUUGUGUAGACCUGUGACAGACUUUUUCGAGUCGGAAAACGGGCGAAAGUAUAAGGAUACCUCCCUUCUUAAGCUGGACGAGCGCGCCAAGAAACUCCCUGAUUGCCGUAUGAGGACGAGCUUCAAGUAUCGACCAAAAGAGUUCUGGAGGGAAUGGGAGGGUGUACUGAAGGAAGCCAAGACAAAGCAUAAAUUCUAUGCGGAUAUAUACCCGAUGGAAUGGAGCGUUGCCAUUCGGCCUAUCAUUGCGAAGUUAUACCUCGCCGGAGUCAUCGCUCCGGGAUAUUUGCAAAACGAUCCGCUGGUUGUUCCCGGCUUUGCCGUUGCCAACUCUGAGCCGCACCGCCCAGGCAAGCUGGAUCUAUUCAUGGACUACGCCGACCGGCAGAAGGCGAUCCAGUACCCUCAGAAUAUCCCAGGCUUCGUCAGUCCCGAUAAGUGGCCUGUCUUCCUCCCGCUUGCCCGGAAUUUUGCCUCUAAGCACAAUAAGUCAAGAUUCGCGGUCCUCCGCAUUUGGUCGGCACCGCACUUCUACCCAGCAAUGCUGGGUGGCUGGAACCGGCAAGCCACAGCGUUUCUUGACAGCAUAGCACGGUCCUGGAUCUGGAAGUUCAUCCCUAAGGACAUGCCAGUCAGCGAAUGGAGUAUGUACAAUACUAUGAAAAUGCGCCUCGAGCUUCUAAAAGAGGAGCUUGGGGUCGGAGAACGUGUCGUGCACCGCAGCGAGACUAUCCUCGUUAUGGGUCUUGACGAGGUCGAACUACUGAAGUACGUCACAGCAGUUGUAUUUGCAAUUCAGACGAAACCAUGGCACCGAGAGAUCGAUCUCUGGAAGAGUUUUGUUAACGUUGAUUUGGAGUUUCUGGAGGGAUUGGAUCCAUACUGGUUGGACUGAUUAUACCAUUUAGGUAGAGCAAGGGCCAGUUACGGAAAAUAUAGGAGUAAAAAGAACUUGAAUGCUUACCUACCUACCUAACCUGCCUACCUGCCUAUAUAAACCCACGCCAGAUAUUUCA